AUGGAUAAUGAAAUACGGCAGUAUGUGAAUAGUUGUGUGAUUUGUUCAAAAUUUAGAAAUGCUAAUAGUAAGGAAUUCUUGAUUUAUCAUGAGAUACCAAGUUUACCUUUUGAAAUCGUUAGUUGUGAUGUUUUAACAUUUGCUGGUUUUGAUUUCUUAGUAAUAGCUGAUCAUUAUUCUAAAUGGCUAGAGUUGAUUAAACUACAACAGAAAACAGCCAGUGAAAUGGCCAAGCAAUUUAAAAUAGUAAUGAGUGUUCAUGGCUGUCUUAGAAUAAUAUUUUCUUACAAUAUGCCAUUUGGCUCAAUGGAGUUUUGGAAAUUGAGGAAGUUAGGAAUAAUGUUGAGGGAGGGACUGAGAUGGAGUUAA